AUGAUCAUCCCUGGCCGCACUCUCCUCACCCGCACCAUCAUCCGCAAUGUCCAGAAUCCAGCCCUGCAAGUCCAACCCUGCGGCGUGGACCUGACCCUCAAACGAGUCCUCACCUGGACAUCGCCUGGAACAAUUGAUCUAGAAAACCAGCGUCGCCAGACUGCGGCAACAAGUGAAAUACCCUUCCCCGCAUCAAGUACCACUACUCCAGAGGAACGCUUCCUCGAUCUCCCGCAGGGAUCCUACCUCGUCGAAUUCAACGAGACGGUGUCUGUCCCUCUUGACCUCAUGGGCCAGAUCUUUGUGCGCAGCUCACUCUUCCGCUCUGGUGUGUUGCUCACCGCCGGUGUUAUGGACAGUGGAUAUGUCGGGGCAGUCGGUGCCUUGAUGCAGGUGCUUAAUCCAGCUGGACUGAGGGUUUAUCCCUCUGCGCGCCUGGCACAGCUUGUAUUUCAUCAGAUGAGCGAGGAGGUCGAGGGGUACGCGGGUGUUUACCAGGGGAGGACGGCGCUCUAA